AACGGUUGUCUGAGUGUUAGGUUUCUUUUAUAGAUAAUUUUAAACUGAAAAGAAUGAAGUGGGUUUACAAGGAAGAGCAUCCUUUUGAGCAACGAAGAGCAGAGGGCGAAAAAAUCCGAAAGAAGUAUCCGGAUCGAGUUCCUGUUAUCGUCGAGAAGGCUCCUAAGGCGAGGAUUAAUGAUCUGGAUAAGAAGAAGUAUCUGGUGCCGUCUGACUUAACAGUUGGUCAGUUCUAUUUUCUGAUAAGAAAGAGGAUUCACCUGAGAGCAGAAGAAGCACUAUUCUUCUUUGUGAACAAUGUCAUUCCCCCAACCAGCGCAACGAUGGGGUCUCUAUACCAGGAGCACCAUGAGGAAGAUUACUUUCUUUACAUUGCGUAUAGCGACGAGAGCGUGUACGGAAAGGACGAUUAGAUGUAAGAAUAAGAAUACAUUGGAUCCUCCGAAGCAGCAAAUUAUCUCAAAUAGAUCAACUGUAAUGUAGUAUUGCAGCUCAUGAAAGACUAUUGAACAAUAGACAUAGCUAUUCAUAAUCUCCCCUCACGGAACCGGUUUUCUAUUUCAAAUUAAUUAGAUAAAUCAGUUGUAUUGCAAUAAAUUUGCUCUACAUGUAACUCAAUAGAAUUGAUAAGUAAUAAUCUUUAGUUAGUUGAAAAUAGUAGCCCAAUGCUCCAAUUAAGGUAUAGAUGUGCUUACGUUUAAUUUAGAAUGAGUGACCUUGAAACCUUUUAAUACCCCGCAACGUGUAUGCAAGUUUUCUUCAAUAAAAAUACUUCAUCGAAAGGUAAUGGGUUAUUGAAAGGUCACUAAAUGGAAGAUAUGCUUCAAAUAAGCCAAUUUUAAUAUUAUUUUACA